AUGAUUACUGAUAGCAAAAAACAACACGUUGCCACUCCCAAUCAAGAAAAGCAUCAUCAACGAGGAACAUUAACUGACAUUCGUGCUCUGCCAAAGAAAUCUGGAGCUGGUAAUGGUAAUUGGGGUGUCGUCGGUGAUGAAAUUAAUUCAGAAGAAUAUAAUUUAAUGAUGGCAACAAACAUAACAAAAUUAUCAAACGUACAAUCGUCUCAUAUUAAAGUUAUUGCAACCGAGGAAUUCAUGAAAUUAAGAAAUGCUGUUAGCGUUGGAUCAUAA